AUACCUUCACACUCAGAUCUGGCUAGAACUAGCUAGUCACAAGAUGGCCGUUUCGUGGUUGGAUCGAGUGUAUCUUGUUGGUUUACAGAUAUUGGUAUUUUUUAUUUCGGGUCUAAAUGCGACGUACUGCGCCUCGUACUCGACGUCAGGCGGCACAGACAACUACGUCUACAGGGACUGUCUCUACGGCUGCUGCGGCACGUCACGCGAUCUCUACUGCUGCUCCUUUUCUGUGGGAACCACAGUUGGCUACUCUAUCGGGGGAUUCCUCCUUUUGUUGGUCAUCUCUCUCUACUGCUGUAUUCGACGUCGACAACUCCUGGCCAAAUCUAGACCAGUCACCCACACGACCGGCCCUAAUAGCGUGCCCUGUGUCUACCAAACGAGUAGCAAUGGCAAUACUACGAACAAUGGACUACCACAACCGUACCUUCUACCAGGCAGUUUAGGCUAUGCAGACUCGGUGCCACUAUCUUAUAUAGGCUCAUACCCAACAGCCGCUGGAGGAUCGAUGCCACUAGAAUUUAUACCUCAACCUCCAGCCUUUGUAGGCCAACCUCCAGCCUAUUUAGGUCCACCUCCAGCUUAUUCUGAGGUCGUGUCCAAGACUGACACCAGCAGCCCGCCAGCCUACGACAACACUGGAUUUAACCACUGAAAUCCACCCGCACGCCUCGGGAAAACAGUAGUAGUGUAUGACAUUGCAGGGUUCCAGAUAGAGCCACAGGAAAGACUGUAUUUACUUAGUUAUUAAAAAUAUCAACAACAGUUAGUCAGGAUUACAUAACGUUUCUAAUUCAGAAGGCCCUGUUUACAAAGAAACACCCCCCACCCCCCACACACACACACACAAAC